GGCGGAACUUCCGGGAACACCGGUUGAAGAGUGGACAAGGAGUGAGACUUCAGCUGGCUAAAAUUGGGAGAAAGUCCGAGGAACGUCGAGUUGCGACUUGUCAAAGAAUUGUGAUGAUUUCCACAAAUGGAAGAUAUCAACCUCCAUUAUCGCUUUUUGAACUUGAGAAGGCGAAUACGAGAAAUUCGUGAAGUACGACCACUACGCUACCGGGACCGCAUGAAAAGAAUGCUAAGGGAUGGUGAUGUGCUCAGGUACCAUGGUAACUCCGAUGAAGUGGGCUGUUUUGUGGCUGCUAGGCCAUUGACAAAGAGAAAUCGCUAUUUUGAGGUCACAAUUGUCGAUACAGGAGUGAGAGGGAUGAUUGCUGUCGGUUUAGUGCCUCAACUUUACAAGCUGGACCAUCAACCGGGCUGGCUCCCAAAUUCUGUGGCUUUUCAUGCAGAUGAUGGCAAGCUCUACAAUGGCAACACUGUAGGACAACAAUUUGGCCCAAAAUGCUGCAGAGGGGACCGAAUCGGCUGUGGAAUAUCCCUGGAGUCUGAUGAUGGACAGUUGAUUGUGUUUUUCACCAAGAAUGGAAAAGAAGUUGGCAGCUUGGAAAUGCCAGCAGAUGAAGCUCUCUACCCUGCUGUCGGAAUGCAUUCGCUGGGGGAGGAAGUGUUGCUGGACCUGAAUGCUGAAUGGAGGAUGGAGGAGGAUGAGGGACUGAUGAUAGUAGAUAGCCAUGAAGAUGACUGGGGCCGCCUCCAUGACGUGCGAGUGUCUGGCACUCUGCUGGAGUACAUGGGCAAAGGAAAGAGCAUUGUUGACGUGGGCUUGGCUCAGGCCCUUCGGCCACUCAACACUCGCUUCCACUACUACGAGCUGGAGAUCACAGAUGCUGGGGAGAAGUGUUACAUCGCCCUAGGUUUGGCGCGCAAGGAUUACCCGAAGAACAGACAUCCAGGUUGGAGCAGAGGGUCCAUCGCUUACCAUGCAGAUGACGGAAAGUUGUUCCAGGGCAGCGGCGUCGGCGACGCCUUCGGACCACGUUGCUUCGAAGGCGACCUGAUGGGUUGCGGCAUCAUGUUUCCACGUGACUUCUGCCAUGAGGGCGUAGAUGUGGCGGACGACUGGGACCCGGAAGCUUGUUCGCAGCCCGCUGAUGUUCAGAACGACUUAUACAAGGACUUAUACAACAACGAGGAUGACGAUGAUGAAGGGGAAGACUUGGAGGGAGCCAAGGUCACGGUGUUCUUCACCCGGAACAGAAAGGUGGUGGGGCGCAGGGAAGUGGCGUUACCGACGGGCGGCUUCUACCCCACUAUCGGCAUGAUGAGCGCAGGGGAGAAGGUGAAAGUGGACCUGCACCCUCUCAGUGGGUGAACAUUGUCACGGGGACUUUGAUCAAUGGGCCGCUAUGCAACUGUAGCCUUCUCAUGCUGUAAGAAUCCCAGAACUUUGAUUCCUAAUCAUCCAAAUGUUUAUUUUGGGUAAGUUCUAAUUGGAUCACACAGUGUGCUGUUCAUGUUUUACAUUAAAAAGAAAAAGCCGAGCAAGCUAAAUAUUCACAGAAAUCAAAUAUUCUCCCAUUAUUUUCGGGCUGCUGCCUCAGCAUGCACGCUGACAUUCCCACAAAUUGGGGGUUUUGCGACACCAUGUGGUGAAAGUCUUUUAAUGCAGUCAUGGAUUUGUGUUUAUAUUUAGCCAAGGCACAUUUUUUGACAUGAAACUGAUUAGUUUUUUCUUUUCUUGUUCACAAAUUACAAAACAUCUUUUAAGCUUUUGAUCAACUCUCAAAGUUGUUUUGAUACUAAAAGGGAAAAUGUGAUUUUUGAUAAGAUAAUGAAUGACCAAAAACAGAAGUAUAAUUAGUUAAAAUGCAUUCUUGACAAUGAAGCCAUAAGUUUUUGUUGCUCUCAGGUAUAUUUAAAUAUAAAAAAGGUUGGGUUUUUUUAUUUAUUCAAGCUAUACAUGUCCUUUUGAAUUGCAGAUUCUUUUAUUUGCAUUUUGUUUGUUGUUGUUUGGGAUUAUUGUUUGCAACACUAAGACUUUCUGAUCUUACCUGCACAAUUCUGUCUUCCUGGUAUUCUCCUCAUCUUCAGAUGUGCACAGAAAGGUCGUGUGUUCAAUCUCCUCCCACAAGCCAAAAACGAUCAUUAGAAUUAGCAGGAUAUGAAACGGUUGUUGGAUAUUGUCAGAGGAUAGCAAGCUUUAUUUUUUCAUUUGUAUCAAUCUGCUUUGUGGCAGCCAAUCAUAGACUAUUGUCACCAAAAAGUGCCUGUUUUCUCACAUCAGCAUGUACACUCACCGGCCACUUUAUUAAGGUACACCAUGCUAGUAACGGGUUGGACCCCCUUUUGCCUUCAGAACUGCCUCAAUUCUUCGUGGCAUAGAUUCAACAAGAUGCUGGAAGCAUUCCUCAGAGAGUUUGGUCCAUAUUGACAUGAUGGCAUCACACAGUUGGUGCAGAUUUGUCGGCUGCGAAUCUCCCGUUCCACCACAUCCCAAAGAUGCUCUAUUGGAUUGAGAUCUGGUGACUGUGAAGGCCAUUUGAGUACAGUGAACUCAUUGUCAUGUUCAAGAUACCAGUCUGAGAUGAUUCCAGCUUUAUGACAUGGCGCAUUAUCCUGCUGAAAGUAGCCAUCAGACGUUGGGUACAUUGUGGUCAUAAAGGGAUGGACAUGGUCAGCAACAAUACUCAGGUAGGCUGUGGCGUUCCAACGAUGCUCAAUUGGUACCAAGGGGCCCAAAGAGUGCCAAGAAAAUAUUCGCCACACCAUUACACCACCACCACCAGCCUGAAACGUUGAUACAAGGCAGUAUGGAUCCACGCUUUCAUGUUAUUGACGCCAAAUUCUGACCCUACCAUCCGAAUGUCGCAGCAGAAAUCGAGACUCAUCAGACCAGGCAACGUUUUUCCAAUCUUCUAUUGUCCAAUUUCGAUGGACCAAACUCUCUGAGGAGUGCUUCCAGCACCUUGUUGAAUCUAUGCCACGAAGAUUUGAGGCAG